UUGUGUAGCUAACAAGAAGGUGGGAAGGUAGUGCCAAUUCUGUCCAUUAAAUUAAAAAAACCACUGGUUGACAGAACAAUGACACAGAACCAUGUGUCAGGGAUGGAGACGUCCGCCAUCUCCGUCCUGAAACGGGCGGUGGAGCUGGACCAGAGCGGCCGCUUCCAGGAGUCUCUAGUCUGCUACCAGGAAGGAAUCCAGCUGCUUAUGGACGUAUUGAAAGCAGCUGUGAAAGAUGACUCAAAGAGAGGGCACUACAGAGAGAAGAUAAAGGGCUACAUGGACAGAGCGGAGCAAAUCAAAGCUCAUGUGAGCCAGAUGAAAGAAGACGGGAAGUACCAUGAGCAGAUUAGAAUAUCAGAGGAUGCUACUGGUUAUAGCUAUGAGGCUCUGUUCAAGCCAUACAUCAGCAGUGCGCUCACAGAGGUCUGGGUGGAGGACCCAUACAUACGACACACCCACCAGUUGUACAACUUUGUUCGGUUCUGUGAGAUGCUGCUAAAAGCUUCCUGCAAGGUGAAAAACAUCCAUCUCCUAACUUCACAGGAUGAAGCAGAUAGCAGCCAACAGAGCAGCGCUUUGGCCGAGCUGAAAGAGAGUCUCAGUGCUCAGGGAGUGACUCUGGAUGUGCAGUACUCCUCCACUAUCCAUGACAGGGAGAUUAGGUUUGACAAUGGUUGGAUCAUAAAGAUAGGAAGAGGGCUGGAUUACUUCAAGAGACCUAAGGGCCGAUUCUCUAUUGGAUAUUGUGACUAUGACCUCAGGCAGUGCCAGGAGACCACUGUAGACAUUUUUCACACCAAACACACAAAAGCACUGUGAGAUUCUCGAAGCUUUUGAGGCUUAAAUUACCUUUUUUCUAACUCGGGGGACUUCAUUUACUUACCUGCCUUCAAAACGCACAUACCCAUCUGCUGUGUUGAUGGAUUUGCCUUCACUUAUUCUGCAUGUGAUCUGCCUCAUAACAGCUGUGCAACUGAGCAUUUUUUGUCAGAGAUGUCAAAAUAUUCUGUAUUUCUGAUGUGGAUUCUUCUUCAUCGGUUUUAAGGACUCUUUUUAACUUCUAUAAAUCUCUUCUGUAAUUAUGAAGGUUUAUUGUGAAGGUGUUUUUAGGGUGUCAUACCGCCAUCUGGUGGAAAAAUGUAACUUUUUUGUAUUUUAUUAAAAGUGCUUUUAUUGUA